UUGCAGUGCACUGGACUGUACAGAACUGGGUAGCAUCCACACUGUCUAUGAGGGUGCGGUCCGGCUGCACUGAGAGCAACAACACUGACAGAUAGAGAGAGAGAGAAGGAAUAAGAAAGAAGAGGAGGGAGAGAUAUCACCACAAGAGGAAUACAGCAAGGGAUGAAAGGAGACACCCCUGUGAACAGCACCAUGAGCGUCGGUCAGGCCAGGAAGCUGGUGGAACAGCUGAAGAUUGAAGCCAGUUUUUGUCGGAUCAAGGUGUCUAAGGCAGCGGCGGACUUGAUGGCAUACUGUGAUGCCCACGCAUGUGAGGACCCUCUCAUCACCCCUGUGCCCACUUCAGAAAACCCGUUCAGGGAGAAAAAGUUCUUCUGUGCUCUGCUCUGAACAGGACACUGGAGGGGCAGAAUUAGUCUCAUUUAGAUGAUAAUGAUUUAUGUACGCACAUCACACAACACAACACAUUACUCGACACAGCAAAAUAAAUCCCAAAUUGAGCUUUAAUAAAUGCAAAUCUCAGCAGUUGACAGCGCCAAAUUGACAAAAACAUGCUUGUGAGAAUAUUUUUACUCUCCUGUUUUUUUUUGGGGGGGGGGGGGGGGGGCUUGUUCCUUUU